AACUUCAUUAGAAUUAUUAUCAAGGUUUCUUAAUCCCUCGACAAAUAGAAAGAUCCGGGCUAGCCCAGAUUGGACAUUAUUGGAAUAAUUACUGCCACGCUGACCGAUAAAGUGGGCGUGUCCUUCGGUACAAAGAACAGACAGUGGCGAUAGUCAACAAAAACAUACCCGCGCUCAAAAAUCACUCAUCCGGGGACGUUUUAACAGGGAAAUAUUUAGUGAAUGGAGAAAAAAUACACACUGUAAACAUUGCGAUUUUGGUCAAUUCAGGUACUUGCUAAGCCAAGCUGAGGAAUUUAUUGGCCGCGUUAUUUAAAGUUUAAAAGGCAUUUUGGUUUUUGUGAUUUUUGCAAAAAGCGACUUUUUGAAAAAAGAUCAUUUUUAAUUUUUUUGAAGGAAAUAUUAAGCAAUGGCGGACUCUGAAGCCAAAUCGUCCGAAGUGAAAUUGACCAUCACAAAUGAAAAUGUUAAAACAAAGGAUGUUACGGAGGGAGAGGAAAUUGACCUUCAUGAACGAGAUCCGAACAACUUACACGAAGACCUCAAGAUCCAGUUUCAAGAAAUAAUAGGCGAGCCUCAUGAAGAUGUCUUCUCCUUUGACUGUGUGUGGAUCAACUCCUACAAGAUUUUCACAAACACCAAGAUCUGGUGCUACAGAAUCACCAGUCUGAUCUGCGCACUUCCGGUGUCAUUCUGUUGGGGGAUCUACUUCGCCUGCUUCGCCUUCCAUAACAUCUGGAUCCUCAUGCCCUGCCUGAAAGCCUACGGCAUGAACCUACGAAUCCUCCGGUCCUGUUUCAACAGUAUUAUAGAGACAUUUGUCAAACCCUGCUAUCUGGCUGCAGGCUACAUUUUCUAUAACAUUCGGAUAACGAAGGGAAGUGGUGACUGAGAAUUUGACGUGUGUUGGACUUUAUUUUUAAAUUAUGCACAGUACGGUGUACUUUUUUAAUACUCAGUUGUUUCCAUUUCUGUUGUUUAUAUAACAUACGGGACUAACACCAUCAUCUACGCAUUUUUGUACAAUUUCAGUAAAUUUCUUAGUAUGUUUCCUAUAUAUAUACGUACUGUUUUACGUUAACAUGUGUAUCGUGAAGUUUAUUACAUGUAUGUGCAUGAAUAUGAAUGUUAAAUUACAGGUACAUGUAUGAUGCUGAAUUAUGCAUGAUGUGUAAGAAAAUAAAAAAAUUGAAUAAAU